AUGUCGACCACCGACCCAAAAGGCAUCAUCGCCACCCGCUUCCUCGACUCGCUCCUCUCGGAAAUCGUCCUAGACACCGCCCUCCAUGCCCAUGCCGUCGUCAAAAAGGCCCGUUCCAUUUGCAAAGCCUGCGGCACAAGAUGCCAGUCACACACUCCAGCCGCUGCCCAGCCAGCGAUCCCCGGCCUCGAUGCCAACAACGAUCUCGAGGAAGGAGAGCGUCCUCCAGAGCCAUCGCAGCCUGGCACCCCGGCCCCCUCGCAGCCCGGCGCUGCGGGCUCGAAACCCGACUACUACUCCCACAACCCGCUCUUCGAGUGCCUCGUCUGCUCCCGCCAGGUCUCGUCGAACCGCUACGCCACCCACCUCGCAAAAUGCAUGGGCGUCGGCGGCAAGAGCUCUCGCAAGGGCGCCGCCCGUAAUGCAAAGGCAUCCAACACGCCCCUGCCCAGCCGCCUCAACAGCACUUCGGCCGGCACGCCUAGCCGCAGCGACGACGACAGCAGCGGCGCAUGGAAGAAGAAGAAGCUCGCUGCCAACUCCUCGACCACCACCGCAAAGGGCAAGCGCGCGCUCUCGCCCCCAUCGGCUUCGCAGGUCGCCUCGCUGCACAUCAACAAGAAGAUCAAGAUGAGCAGCCCGACGCCGCCCCCCUCCUCGGCCAGCGCCGAUGCCAGCGCGGGCGCUUCCGGCAUGGCGAGGAGCCACUCUGCCCACACGUUUGCGCCGUCCGGCCUCUCGCAGCAGGUCGUCAGCGGAUCCCCGCUCAACCCGGACAACGCCAGCGGCAAAAAGGGCUGGCCGGCCCGGGCAAGCAUCGAGAGGGGCGGCAGCGAGGUGGGAACUGCAGCGAGCGGCACGGCGGCGGCGGCUCGGAUGGGGUCAUCGUCGCCAACCAAGGCGCUGAAUGGCAAUGCUGUCGCAGCAAAGUCUCGAGCCGGAUCGCACAAGUCGGCCUCUCCCGAAAAAGACGGCGGCAGCCCGCUCAAGCGGCAACGCAUCGACGGCGAUGCCAUCGACGUCGAUGGAGACGAGAGCGCCUACGACGACCGCGGAUCCGACGAUGACGACGACUCCGACGACGACGAUGAUGAAGACGAUGACGACGACGAUGAUGAUGACGACGACGAUGAUGACGACGACGAUGACGACGAUGAUGAUGAUGAUGACGACGACGACGAGGGCGAGGAGGGCGAGAUAUCGGGCGACGAUGCUGCUGGGAACGGGCUGGGCGGACCCACCGGAGGCAAGACGGCUGCGAAGCCCUUCAAGACGGUCAAUGGCGCCUCGCAGCUGAAGGCAUCGCGCAACGCGCUGGCCAAGACGACGUACGCCUCGCGGCCGCAGAAGACCAAGGCGGGUUCGGGGCUGAUUGCCGGGCUGAGCUCGGACUCGGAACAGGGCUCGGCGUCGUCGGGGGGCGACGACGACGACGACGAUCCGAGGCGGAGGCUGGGCAACGGCAACCGCCGCGGAUCGAGCCCCGACGUCCCGCUGGGUACCCCGUACGCAGCGAGGCCAGGGGGAGGCGGUGGCAAGACGAGCGGCGGCGGCGGACUACAGAGGGAAAAGGGAAGCGACGGCGAGUUUAUCGACGUCGAGAGCGCCAGCGAGCAGAGCGACGGCGACCUCUUCUAG